AUGGUGGACAGAACUACUUACCCCAAGAGGAAAGAGGAAGUGAUACCAUUCAAUGGACAGCUCGAGAUAAUUGAACAAGUUCAGACUAACAACUCAAAAAGUCGAUUAAACUCUAACCAGUUCACCAACUAUAACCAAUCUCGGUACAACAACCAAAGCGGCGGUGCUAAUUAUCAGGGUGGCUCGAACCAUCAACUGAACAAGUACGCGUUGGCAGCCGUGGCAGCUGCCGCUGCUGUGCAACAGCAGCAGAAGUACUACCCCCAGGGUCUGUACUAUCAGCAGCAUCAACUGCUGCAACUGCAACAGCUGCUUAACCAACAGUAUAACCAACAUCACAGCCACAGCUCUCAUCCGUAUCAGCAACAGGGCAGCACACAGUACAGCAAGUUCGACUACAGCGGCCAGUUCAAUGACUACAGCGGGAACGGUGUGAAUCACAACAACAGUUCCAGUACUACUAACACUAUACCGCCAUAUAUGAACACCAAACACCAGACAUUGUCUCACUCGCUGCCACAUUUCUUCAACGAAAAUGCUAACAACAACUCGAACAACGGUGGAAACGGCAAUCUCUCUACAUCAUCGUCGCUCAUUUCCGAGACCAACGCUCAACCGCCUCAGCCGUACGACUUUAAGAAUCUCUUCAUGUUGAUGAACAAUAAUAAUAGCAACCAAUCACUCAAUUCACCAACUUUCAACGCAUUUAACCAGCCUCCAGUGGGUAAAGUUAAUAGUGCCGGCAGCGGCAGCACUAGUAUGUUCUUGGAUAAGUCGAACUCACCUGUUCUCAUUCAGCCGCAGCAUACAACUACGUCUUCAGUUGGAGCUCUUGGUCCCAACAGUUCACCUCCAAGCAUGCUUCUUUCGACCCCUGUAUCCGCGGGGUCACUGAAAUCCGGUGGGCCUGGCAUAGGUGCAGGUACUGGCAGUGCUAGUGGAAGCGCUAGUGGGUUUUUAACCUCUUCCCCUGCAUUAUUACCAUCAGAUACUUGGAGCACGGCCGCCCCACCAAAUAAUUCGGCGUACACUUCAUCGAUUUGGGGAACAGCUCCGACAUUUUCAAACUCAUCUACAAUCACGACAUUGGCUGGCAGUAACGUGAAUAACAAUACCAAUAAUAAUAAUAACAACAGCAAUAAUAAUAAUAAUCCUACCAGUGCAAGCACUACGAGUUUUGGAGGUUCCAGCUUAUGGUAG